CUCGUCAGUUGGUUCUGUUUGUCUUGGCCGAUAUAGUUGGAAAAUCAGAGACCCAGAGUUUGGAUCACCAUGAAAGACGACUACGAGAUUGAAGAGAAAAAGCAAGCUGCUGCUGAUGUAUUGGACAAUUAUUCAAAAUUUGUAAUGGCAUGCAUUGGAAAUAAUGUUCGACCUUGUGACAUGAGAUUGCAUCUGAUGAAGGAGAUUUCAGGUCUACCAACUACUUUGAAGAAAGAUUCAUCCCAGAGAGCAGCUUCUCCUGAUCUAAUGGGUGAAUCGUCAAGCUCUGGCACUGCUAGACUUGAUAAGACAGACAGUUUUCGAGAUAGGCCGCUUUGAGUUGAUGUAUCAAUUAUGAUUUGUUUGAUUUUUGCGCUGGCAAUGUUUGUCCACACCCGUUCUCUGCUGUAUGUAGUGUUCCCAUCCUAGCUAUGAAGAAUAUUUGUAAUGUGAGUGUGACACACAUUUUACACCAAUCCUAGCACUUUUCCUUUC